AUAGGGUUUAUUUUGUUACUGUUCUUUCUUAAACAGAUAUUGAUAGCUGAGGAACACUUGGAAGAUGCUCGGGUACAACACAAUCAUAAAACAGGAGGGAACUUAAAAAGCUCUCCAUUGGAACGUGUGAAAGAUUAUCACCUCACCCUUGUUCCUUCUGAUUGGUUCAAUAUGGAUCCAUCAUGCGAACAACGCACUGUUUCAGAACUCUCAAAGUAUCUCCAGGUCUCAUCACAGUUUUCAUCCUUAGAAAUGGCAGCAGGAGCAGCUCUCCUUAAGUUUGUAUCAUACACGCAAAGAGAUGUUGCUCCCCUUGUAAGUCAGCCUUCAAAGUUCUCGCAUCAAACUCAUAUGGCAAUAGAUUCUAAUACAAGAAGAGCUCUGGAGCUGACAAAACCGUUAAUGGGUACAGACAAGAAAGCUACACUUUUUGGAGUCAUGAAUAGCACGUCCACUGCAUCAGGACAAAGAUUGCUCCAUUCCCGUCUGUGUGCACCAUCAACUGAGGUUAAUGUUAUUCAAAAGAGGUUAGAUGCUGUUGAAUUUUUUUGUAUGAACAGACACCUUGCUGAGGAACUGCAGAAGGCCUUGAAGGGCUGCCCAGAUAUAGAACGUAAAAUGCAAAGGGUUGCUACUGGCUCUGCUAAUCUGAGUGAUCUCCGUGCCAUACACAGUGCAAUAGUCCUCUUCAAGAAUGCUAUUUCCCUACUUUAUGAUGCAUACUUUAGUGGUGACCUUCAGGUUAUUGAUGGGCUGUUAAUGAAGGACUUCAGCUUGCUUGAUGGUUUGUACAAUGAGCUCAACACUGCAGUUGGUGAGCUUAUGUCUGAGUACAGUGUCAUGCAGGGCUAUUCAAACAAAGCAGAUGAGCUCAUGGAGAAACUUGGCGACAAUGGAAGAGAAGUUGACAAAUUGAAAGAACAUUACAGAGAGAGUCUGAAAAUUCCCCGCCUCGUUAUCAACAACCACAAAUCCUUCAUAAGAGUUGUCGAAAUCCCUGCAGCCAAGAAAUCACUUUUAGAAGGAAACAAAGACUUUGUUCUGUUGGAUAGUACUUCAAGCAAACUUCGCUACAGCACUUUGAAACUACAAGAAUUGAAUGCCAAAUUGAAAGCCUUGCAAGAGCAAAAUGAACAAGUUCAGAGGGCUCUGUCAGAAGAUCUUUGUAAUCAGGUAACAUCCCAUGCAGAGAGUCUGAAACAAAUGGCUCUUUCAUUGGCUGAGUUAGAUGUAUCUUCCUCUCUGGCGCUGCUGGCUUUACAAAGAGGUUAUGUCAAACCCAUUAUAGGCAAUCAGAACGAAUUUUUGGUGAAAGGUGGGCGACAUCCUGUAGUAGACAUGCUUCAGCCUAACAGCUUUGUUUGUAAUGACCUUGAUCUGGGAGAAAAGAACGUGUGGAUUGUUACUGGUCCAAACAUGGGUGGUAAGAGUACAUUUCUACGUCAAAAUGCUUUGAUAGCCAUUCUCACUCAGGCUGGAUCAUUUGUUCCAGCUCAAAGUGCAACAAUAGGGAUUGUUGAUCGAGUAUUUGCAAGGAUCGGAGCUAGUGACAAUCUAGUACAACAUCAGUCAACUUUUAUGUCUGAGAUGUUGGAAAUAGCGUUCAUCUUAGCACAAGCCACUGACAAGUCUUUAGUUGUAGUGGACGAAGUAGGCCGUGGUACUUCCAUGUUGGAUGGUCUUUCCAUUGCCUGGUCCGUAAUCGAGUAUCUUCACAACUCCAUAAAGUGCAGAACAUUAGCCUCUACGCACUACCAUCAGUUAGCUAAACUCAGCCAUAUUCUACCACGUGUUGACUGCUACCAUGUCACGGCCAAACAUUCCCAGGAUGGGUUAAGUUUCACGUUUAAAGUCACUCAUGGAUGUGAUCGGAAAUCCUUCGGCAUCGACGUAGCAAAACUCGCAGGAGUUCCUGCAGCAGUUGAAACUCGUGCAAGAGAAAUUCUACAUGAUUUAGAAGAAAAAGACGAUAAGCUUGAGGUUACUGAGGAAGAAAAACAUACAAGAAUGAAAAAGAACUCAUUUGAACAUCAUUCUACAUCAAGUGCGGAAAUGGCGCCGAUUCCUUCCAAUGAUUUGCAAAUUGAAAAUGAACUCACUAAAGCGCUUUUAGUACUCAAUCCAGAGUUAAUAACACCCAAGCAAGCCUUGGAAAUUAUUUAUGACCUAAAAGCAAAAGCGCAGAGUCAAUCCUAUUGAAGAACUAAGUGGGAUCGAUGUUGAGAAAACCUAGCAAAGUAAUUUGUGUUGGAAGUUGAAGGUUAAAGCUAGUUUUCAAAGUAUUGCAAACUUAUGUCGGAGGUUGCAUAACAUAGUUUUACGAUAACUGCAGAAAUUCUCGCGCGCUCAUUAGCUAAGUUUCAUUGUCAAUAAGCGGACAGACA